GGUGGGGUGGGGGGGACCAAACUGGGAAAGGUGCUGCUCUCGUUUCCUUCUGUCGCCAUCCCGCGCCGCAUCCUGCAUCCUCGCCGGGACGUCAUGUCUACCAGCACCUGUAGCUUCAAGGACCGGUGCGUGUCCAUCCUGUGCUGCAAAUUCUGUAAACAAGUGCUCAGCUCUAGGGGCAUGAAGGCUGUGCUGCUGGCUGAUACCGAAAUAGACCUUUUCUCUACAGACAUCCCUCCUACCAACGCAGUGGACUUCAUUGGAAGAUGUUAUUUCACUGAAAUCUGCAAAUGUAAACUGAAGGACAUCGCAUGUUUAAAAUGUGGGAACAUUGUAGGUUAUCAUGUGAUUGUUCCAUGUUGUUCCUGCCUUCUUUCCUGCAACAAUGGGCACUUCUGGAUGUUUCACAGCCAGGCAGUUUAUGAUAUCAACAGACUAGACUCUACUGGACACCUGUUUUCUCUGUCUAUCCAUUUUGCACAACAGAUCAAGCUGACUUUUAGUGGGAUUUUUUUAGUGGAAACUAAAGUUGACAGAACAAAUUUAAAGAACUCAACAAUCCAGGUGUGAACUUCCUACUUUGGGGCAACCUGCCAGAGAUAGAGGAGAGCACAGAUGAAGACACAUUAGAUAUCUCAGCAGAGGAAUGUAUUCGAUGAUUGGGAUUAUGAUAUGUAUGAUAUUCAGACUCUUUCCUAUUUAAAAUACACAGUAAUGGAUCAACUGUAAAAGUAUUAGUAAGGAUUUACUACCAAUUUCUCUUUUGGGGAGGGCAAAUGGGACAUUUAUUGAUUUAUUUAUUUGCUAUCUCAGAUUUGUACAUGAAUUUAAUUUGAGCCAUUUUUAGUUCUUUCCUUCUACUGAUUCCUCUUCCUCUCUUCACCCCUCCACGUGGUAAAGGUGUAUUCUAGAAUUCAGAUUGGAGAAGGUCAUUUCGUGUGUCACUCAACUACCUCACAAUCUUGGGGGGGGGGGAGUUUCUUACAACUAGAUACAGGAUACCAUUGAUUUUACAUUCUUGAAUAAGAGGCAUUAGUACGUAUAUAUGUGUGUAUGUCAACCAAGCAUAUAUCCAUGCGUGUAACCAUGUAUACAUAUGACAAGCUCAACUGGGGAUUAAAGUUUAACAGGAAAUUUUUUUAACCAAGCUGUUGAGUUUCCAUAGGUACUGGUUAUCCUGCAUUAUGUUGGUGAAAACUCCUUAAAAUGGAGUAAGACUUUGUGAAUCAGCAAAUGGAAUAAUGAAAGUUUAAAAUGUUUGGAGAAAUUCUCCUAAUUCCUUGGCACAAUGUUAGGUAAAUGAAUUUGUCACAAAAUUAUCAAUAUAUACUGUUUGCCAACAUUAUUUAUUUACAUUUUUCUAAAGUCCUCUGGUUAUUAUGUCAUGAAAGCAGAUCCAACUUGAAGUUAUUCUAUUCCUUAGGACUUUCUCUGUAAAUAGCAAAUUAAAUGAGUAGUCUCAGUUCCAACCCUGAAUAGGAAAAAACUAAAGAAGUGUUUUGCUUAAGCCAUUGUACACUAUAAAGAGAGUUUUGUUUUUGUUUUAAGCUGCAUUCAGAGCCACACAGGAAUAGGAAAUGGGACAGUGCUGGAUUGUGGUUUUAGGUAUAGCUAAAAUCAGUAUAUUGCCUUUGUAAUAACUUGGCCAUAGGCAUUUUGUUGAUAGUGAUACCAAAACAGACUUGAGUUACGGUUUUGUGAAUAAAGUUCUAUUGUAAAAAUUA